CGUUCGCGAGUGGAUGUCCUGCUACACUUUUUUCCUGCCAAGUGAUGAAAUGCCACACGUGCACACGCUCGAGGGGAGUGUCGCGGCUGCGGUUCGUGCGGGGAGCGAGCGAAAAGCCCGCAGCCCCGCCGACUUCUCCGCUUUCGCAGGACAGUCAGCAGCGCGCGAAGACGGACUGGCCGCGCGCUCCCCGUCACCAUGUCCCGCUUCCGGACGCUGCUGGCCGUCGCGUGUUGCGCGCUCGCCCCCGCGCUCGCGCGGAAACCCGGUGCCGAGGACAGAGAGCUCGCGGAGAAGGUCGGCAGCGCGCGCUGCGCCUCGCGGUGCCUCGCGCUUCACAUCGCUCAGCUGGCCGCCGCUUUCAGGAACUUGCAGAGUGACGAUGUCCUGGGCUGGUGUGAGAACCACAGAAGAUGCUCCCAGUGUUUACAACCAUGUAAGGAAUUGUGGGAAACAAGGCGAGUCCUGUCUCACAAAGCCUGUGAGAAACAGCAGGAGUGUGUGGCGAGUGCAGAGUUCCUGGCCUCAGUGCGGAUCCAGAGGCAAGGUGACUGCCCUGCCCCGCAGAGGGCCUCGGGAUUCGCGGCAGCGUGCGUGGAGAGCUGUGCCGCUGAUCACGAGUGCACUGGUUCCAGGAAGUGCUGCUCCAAUGGCUGUGGGCAAACCUGCCAGAUCCCAGCGAACCUCUACAAGGGUGUUCCCAUGAAGCCCAAGAAAGAUCUGACCUUCUUAGAAGAUCAGCAGGGGCAGCUGACAGUGACCUGGGUGUCCAGAUUCAAUGUCUCUGUUGAGCCUGUACUGUACAUUCUACAGAAGAGGUGGAACUACGGCAUUCACCCCAGCGAGGAUGAGGCUACGCCAUGGCAAACUGUGCUCAUGACAAUGGAGGACCGAGCAGUGCUGAAGGAUGUGCGGCCCCACAGGUGGUACCAGUUCAGAGUGUGUGCGGUCAACAGCCAGGGCACCCGCGGUUUCACCACUCCCAGCAGGCACUUCUUUUCCUCUCGAGACCCACUCCCACCAGAGAGACCACGGAACGUGCGCCGAGGGAACUUUUCCGUACAGGCAGAUGGCACUGUCAGCGUGCUGCUCCUCUGGGACCCUGCUAGGGAGGAGGACCUGCCUGUUCACCACUACAAGGUGACAUGGAGUACCCGCAUGUCCCACAGGAUGGAUGAGGACAAGAAGGAGAACUCCAGAGUCACUGGCAGGGCUGCUAGUGAGACAGAGCUGAAGGGUCUCCAACCUAACACUGCAUAUAAGGUCCAAAUCCAAGCCAUUGCCUACUGGGGUCAGAAGCGUUUAAAGAGUGCCAAGUCACAGUUGACCUUCAUCACAGCACCUGCAGCAGGUCCUGCAGACAGGCCAGGCCAAGGUCAGGACACCAGAGAGGUUUCCAAUGAACUGCCCUCUUCUCGAUCUCGAACCAGCACCCUGCGUCUGGAGGCAGCAGCCCCCCACUACCACAAUGACCAGUUGCAAGUCAAAGUGUUCUGGAAAAAAGGGCUCCAAGGAGCUUCGAAGGACUCCGCCAAGUACCUGCUAAGGUGGUACCCUGACGUGUGUGCUCACAAUAUGACCAAGGCGGAAAGAAACGCCACCGUACAGGGAACACAUUUUGUUAUUACCGGCCUGCUGUUCGCCUGUAAAUACCGGGUGCUGGUUAGGCCCUUGUUCGGGCCCGGUGAAAGGUCGGAGGCCGUGACCUCGGUGACCACGCCGCCGUGCGCGGCCCUGAAGGCCAUGGGGGUGACAUCUCUGUCCUGUACCCAGGAAGAGCACCCCUCCGUGGCCAGGAAGGUUCUCCUGCGUCCAGAAAAGCUGAGGGCGUCCUUCCGCUCUGAGAACGGCAGCCUGCAGGGAGUGUUCAGCUGGCAGGUGUCCCAUGCUGCCCCGGGCCAGAACUCCGUCACCGGCUUCCAGUUCUCCUGGGCUCAAGUGUCCCGGAGGGGUGGUACCAGUAGUGCCCCCAACGCGCUGGUCUCCCAGACACAGAUCCUGGGUCCCGAGCAGCACUCCCUGGCGGUAGAUGGCCUACAGCCGGACAACACGUACAAAGUGCAGGUGCAAGUGCUGUCCGCAGGGGGCACCGGGCCUGCUGUGGCAAAGACCGUACACACCCCCAGGCUCGAGAGUCCACUGCUAUGAGGAACGCUAUUCCAUAUUUCAUCAUCGUCAUUGGCCAUACAAGUCUGUAUGAAAGUAAUUCGAUAUAUAAUUUAACCAUAUUUUUUACAUGUGUGAAAGACAGUUACAGCACUGAUGUACUGAGUAGUUCCAGUGUACUCUGCUGUUGGCAGUGAUUCAUGUACUUGAAAUGUUUUAAAGGAACUCCAUACAAACCUAUUAAUGACUUAAAGUCAUAUGAUUCAUAUUUUGUUUUGGGAUGUUAUGCCAUAAGUUACUUCAAAUCCCUAAUUAUCAUCAGUGAACUAAAUCUGUGUAAUCUCUGGUGUGUCUAUUUAUUGUGUUGCUGUUACACACGU